AUCUCCCAUUAGGUUUUGCCUGCCUCAAACAAAUAGAGCUUAUCUCAUUCACUCACCAAACAACUCUCAUCAAUAUAAAGAGAGAGAGAGUGGGAGAGAGUUAUAUAUACACACAUAAACAUAGCAAUAGUAGUGUUAUAUAACUAGAGAUAUAAAUUUCUAGAUUAAGUUAGUAGUAAGAGAUCAUCCAUUAAGUGAUAAAGAUGAAAGGUGGGAGUAUGGAGAAUUUGAAGCCGAUUUUGGCGAUCAUAUCACUACAGUUUGGGUAUGCAGGCAUGUACAUCAUCACCAUGGUCUCGUUCAAGCAUGGCAUGGACCAUUGGGUUCUUGCUACAUACCGUCAUGUCGUCGCUACGGUUGUCAUGGCUCCCUUUGCUCUCAUUUUCGAGAGGAAGAUCAGGCCAAAGAUGACACUAGCAAUGUUCUGGAGGCUUCUUGCUCUUGGAAUACUAGAGCCCCUUAUGGACCAGAACUUGUACUACAUAGGAUUGAAAAACACGUCAGCAUCGUACACUUCUGCCUUUACCAAUGCACUUCCCGCCGUCACCUUCAUUCUCGCCCUCAUUUUCAGGCUUGAGACGGUUAACUUUAGGAAGAUUCACAGCGUUGCAAAAGUGGUGGGAACGGUGAUCACGGUUGGAGGAGCGAUGAUUAUGACGUUGUACAAAGGUCCGGCCAUCGAGAUCGUGAAAGCCGCACAUAGUUCCUUCCACGGUGGCGCCAACACCACUGCUACGGGCCAACACUGGGUCCUUGGAACCUUAGCCAUCAUGGGCAGUAUCUCUACUUGGGCUGCCUUCUUCAUUUUACAGUCAUACACAUUGAAAGUUUACCCAGCUGAGCUAUCACUUGUAACAUUGAUAUGUGGGAUGGGGACGAUCCUAAACGCAAUUGUUUCGCUUAUAAUGGUGCGUGACAUGAGCGCUUGGAAGAUUGGUAUGGAUUCGGGGACACUUGCCGCGGUUUACUCUGGAGUGGUUUGUUCGGGGAUAGCGUAUUACAUACAAAGUAUUGUGAUUAAACAACGUGGCCCGGUGUUUACAACGUCGUUUAGUCCUAUGUGUAUGAUCAUCACUGCCUUCCUCGGUGCCUUGGUUCUGGCUGAGAAAAUCCAUCUCGGAAGUAUCAUUGGGGCAGUUUUUAUAGUUCUUGGACUAUACAGUGUGGUAUGGGGAAAGAGUAAAGACGAAGUGAAUCCAUUAGACGUGAAAGUCGUAACCAAGGACCAAGAGCUACCGAUCACUAGCGUAGUCAAACAAACCAACGGUCACGAUGUGUCGGGAGUACCAGCUAAUGGUGUGGUGGUUACCAGAACCUGAUCCAAUAAACACCAGAAGAGAGAAGAAAGAUACGAAGACAAAGAUCACAUCUCCAUGCAUUUGGAGGUUGGAAAUUUUGAUUAUCUUUCUGGUUGUUUUUGUGCUUUUGUUUUACAUUUCCUAAUUGCUUAACUUUUAGUAUCUUUUUUACAUAUGCAUGUUUUUCUGUUUUCUACUUUCAGUGUAUUUUGAAAUUUCCAAAAGCAAAUGAUGAAUGAAUCAUUUGGUAAAAUUGCGCCUAAAAAAAAUAAUAAUAACAAAAGUAGUCAAAUCUGAUUAA